GUUCAUUUUUGGUCAAAGUAGCCUCCGCCUUCCUAGGGAAAGAAAACUAGCUGGGCGGAGCCACAGACUUAAAAGCCGAGUGCAGGCGCAGCAGACCUGUUGUUUGGACCCCGAGCGGCGCAAUGUGGUUUACGCUGGUGUUGCUGGUGGGCCUCCUGCUUGUUGUCCUCUACAAAGUUUAUCUGGGACUGUUCGGUGGACGCUCCCCUAACCCCUUCUUUGAGGACGUCAAGCGGCCACCUGCUCCCCUUGUGACCGACAAGAAUGCCAGGAAGAAGGUUCUCAAACAAGCUUUCUCAGUCAGCCGAGUGCCAGAGAAGCUCGAUGUGGUGGUGAUUGGCAGUGGCAUCGGGGGCCUGGCUGCAGCAGUGAUUCUGGCAAAAGCUGGCAAGCGAGUCCUGGUGCUGGAACAACACACCAAGGCAGGGGGCUGUUGUCACACCUUUGGAGAAAAUGGCCUUGAAUUUGACACAGGAAUCCAUUAUAUUGGGCGCAUGAAGGAGGGCAACCUUGGCCGGUUUAUCUUGGACCAGAUCACCGAAGGGCAGCUGGACUGGGCUCCACUCAGCUCCCCUUUUGACAUGGUGGUGCUCGAAGGGCCUAAUGGCCGGAAGGAGUUCCCCAUGUACAGCGGGAAGAAAGCAUACAUUCAGGGGCUCAAGGAGAAGUUUCCCCAGGAAGAAGCUGUUAUUGACAAAUACAUGGAGCUGGUCAAGGUGGUAGCCAAUGGAGCCAUUCAUGCCAUCAUACUGAAGUUCCUCCCACUGCCUAUGGCUCAGCUCCUGAGCAGGUGUGGGUUUCUGACUCACUUCUCUCCGUUCCUUCGUGCAUCCACGCAGAGUCUGGCUGAGGUCCUGCAGCAGCUUGGGGCCUCGGCUGAGCUCCAGGCUGUGCUCAGCUAUAUCUUCCCCACUUACGGAGUGACCCCCAGCCACAGCACCUUUGCCAUGCAUGCCCUGCUGGUUGACCACUACAUUCAAGGCGCCUUUUACCCCCGAGGGGGUUCCAGCGAGAUCGCCUUCCACACCAUCCCUAUAAUUGAGCGGGCCGGGGGUGCAGUCCUCACAAGGGCCACUGUGCAGAGUGUGCUGCUGGACUCAGCUGGCAGAGCCUGUGGUGUCAGCGUGAAGAAGGGACAAGAGCUGGUGAGCAUCUACUGCCCUGUGGUGAUCUCCAAUGCAGGACUGUUCAACACCUAUGAGCACUUGCUGCCAGAGAGUGCCCACUGCCUGCCAGGGGUGAAGGAACAGCUGGGCAUGGUGCGGCCCAGUCUGGGGAUGCUCUCAGUUUUCAUCUGUCUGCGUGGGACCAAGGAGGACUUGGGUUUGCGGUCCACCAACUACUAUGUUUAUUUUGACACAGACAUGGACAAAGCGAUGGAGCGCUACACCUCCAUGCCCAGGGAGAAGGCUGUGGGACACAUCCCCCUUUUCUUCAUUGCCUCCCCAUCAGCCAAGGACCCGACUUGGGAGGAACGCUUCCCAGACCGGUCCACGAUGAUUGUGCUGUUGCCCGCCGCCUUUGAAUGGUUUGAGGAGUGGCAGGAAGAGCCAAAGGGAAAGCGGGGCAAUGAUUACAAGACACUCAAAGAUUCUUUUGUUGAAGCUUGCAUGUUGGUGGUCAUGAGACUGUUCCCACAGCUAGAGGGGAAGGUGGAGAGUGUGACCGGAGGGUCCCCACUGACCAGCCAGUUCUAUCUGGCUGCUCCCCGAGGUGCCACCUAUGGGGCCGACCAUGACCUGGGCCGUCUGCAUCCUCUUGCGAUGGCCUCAAUAAGGGCCCAGAGCCCCAUCCCCAACCUCUACCUAACAGGCCAGGAUAUCUUCACCUGUGGGCUGUUAGGGGCCCUGCAAGGAGCCCUGCUGUGCAGCAGUGCCAUCUUGAAGCGGAACUUAUACUCAGACCUCAAGGAUCUUGGCUCUAGGGUCCAGGCACAGAAGAAGCAGCAGUAGUUUGGCUAGGGAUAAAUCAGAGGAAUUUGCACCUCUCCUAACUUAGCCAUAUCACUCUUCUCCAUUAGAUCUGUACACACAAAACACUCUGAUUUGUUUCUGAUUUAGGCCUAAUAUAAAUUAGUGUUCAGCUGCAGUUUUUGCAGCUGGGACAGGUGAUGAUCUUUAUACCUUUUACAACAUGCUGUUCUGGGCUGCUGCUGUGCACACCCAUGAUGGCUUGUGAUAAGCACACUCUGGACCCUUCCCUGUACCUCCCAGCUCUGGACAAUCAAAGUGAAGCUUCCAGGGGUGUGUACAGAACCUCUGAAAGUGCUGCUCAGUGGAAGCAGGUCGGUCCAGUCCUGCCGUGAGGUUUUCUCCUCCUGUUCACCCUGAGUGCUGUAUUGGAUUCUAGGUUGUCACGUGAGUGGGGUGGCACCUGGCUCUUGAUGUGCUGAUGCCAAGACAUCCUUAGCCCUGUCCUCUGGGUUAUACAGGGAAGGUGAUGAUAGUGGCCAGGACAGACUGGCACGACUUGGCUGGGACUGAUGCAGGCUGAAGGAGUGUUCCAGAUCAAGGCCACAGCUUGACAUCACUGAGGCGAUAGUGUGCCAGACACCGGCCUGUGUCCCCUGCCUGGCCGGGAAGAGGAUGGGUGAGGAGUCAGAGCCAGAACAUGGAAAACCACCCAUGGGUGGCAUCUGCAGUUUGCUGGUACAUAAGCAAUCUUGAGCAUCUCUUUUCCAAAAUGCUUGGUAUUGAAAUUUGACUAUUUUCAAGUCUUGAAAUAUUUGCCUACACAUAAUAAAUGAGAUAACUUGGGGACAGGACCCAGGUCCAAACAGAAUUCAUCUGUUUCAUAUAAACAUUACUGAGAGUAAUUUUAAACAAUAUUUAAAUUAUUUUGUGCAUUUUGGCUGUGACCUAUCAGAUAAGAUCAUGUUGGCACUCAAAAAGCUUUGAAUUUUAGAGCAUUUUGACUUUUAGAGUAGGGAUGUUCAAACUGGAAGAUGGAUGGGAAGGUGAAAUAAAGGCUAAAGGUUAAGAAAA